AAGCAUUGGCAAGCGCGCACGGUGCACGGUAGAACGUCCAGUGGCAUGUUACAAACACUCGACAUGCUUGUAGUUGGCGCGAGGUUUUAGUAUUAUCGUAACGAAAGAGCAGUUUAUCCGUAUUUCUGGCGGUCGUGCCGAUACACCCGACGAAUCGUGGACUUUUCGCCGAGCCGCGUUCGAUUCGAGCUGCGAAUAAGCAAAAGUGUCUUGUGGUAACCGUAACAGUGUCUGUUGUGCAAGUAAAAGCGUAGUGAAAUAUCGCGUGGAGGGAACGCGAGGCGAAUUCUGACAUUUCUCCGAAGAAACGUCUUGCUCGUUGCUGGUGUCCGUUGCACAACCAGCGGAAUUUUCGUGCGAGAAAGAAAAGGAAACACGGUGAAAUGUGUGUUGAACACGGACAGUACCGGUAUUAACGGGUCGCGAGCGUACAUAGAUACUAUCCCGACUCGACUCGGCUCGACUCGACUCGACUCUGCUCUGAAAAACUUUCCUCGUCGUUCCUGCUGCUCGUGAAUGCGACAGACUGGAACGAUUUUACGAUUUCACGAUUAUUCUUUCGAGAAUUCGUCAAUGAAACUUGCGCUUGGGUCGCAUUUUCAAGCGAUGAUCGUUUAUUCGCCGGCGCGGUGCCUCGAACAUUUUUUCCUUGGUGAAAAAAUGCACUUUUGGAUGAGACGAUAAACGAGAACAAUCGGAAUCGCAGGAUGGUGUUGUAACGAGAAAUUAACGCCUUUGGAGACACGCAGAGGGAACAUGUAAAUCGAAGUGAGCCGCAAGUGAGACGAUCCGAAGGGUGAAAGUGUAUUUUUAUGUCGAAUUCGUUCUUCUUUUCUUUCUUUUUUUUUUGAUUUUGUGGUGCGAAAAGAUUAAUCCAAGGGCUAUGUUAUUUUUACAUUUCCUCGCGAUAUUUCGUAUUGCCGAGUGAUCAGUGUACCUUGGAGGAAAUGAACGUUACGAUAAUGUAACGGGCAUCGAUACGUGCUCUCUUACAAAUGUAGGACCGCGGCACUGUCUCAAGGCAAGAUACGAACAGUGGAUUUUUCUUGGACGAACAGCUAUGUUAACGGUGGAAUUCCGCUCGAGAGGAAUCUGAAGGCGGGGACUCUGACGUCACUCCGCUCAUGAUAAUGAGGUAUUCAUGAUGGCGGAGUAGCGCGCGCGAGCGAGCCAGCGAGAGAGAGUGAGAGGGGGACAAAGCGCAAGAGGGAGUAUUUUAUAUACAUGUACACACAUAUGCAUACACCAUACAUACUUACCUUAUAAACGCAUUUACACGCACGUAUAUAUAUAUACAGAUCAUAGUGUACACUAUACAGGUACACUGUACACGUAGUGUACGCACGUAGCGCGUGUGUUAUCUGCAACACAUUCCUUCCCUCUUCCUUCCACCGUACGUCAGUGUGUAUCGCGUUCCUUCUCUCCGCCACUCGAAUGCUCCUCUUUGUCUCUCGCGCGUCCGCUGUCUUUCUUUCUCUUGCAUCGAUACAACGUGUAUAUGGCACGAGUAACGCGUGCUCGCGCGCACGGAUAUGUGCCUGCGGCUGGUCGGUGAUAGAGAAUUUUGGAUGGAUUUAGAGCGCAGUGAAAUAUGCCAAGGAGACGGAAUGGGGAGAUACCGCUUCCGGAAGGGUGGGACGUUGCGCAAGACUUCGAUGGAAAAGUGUAUUUCAUCGAUCACAAUACGAGAAAAACGACGUGGAUCGAUCCCAGAGACAGGUUCACGAAACCCCAAACGUUCGCAGACUGUAUCGGAAACGAACUUCCACUUGGAUGGGAGGAAGCAUAUGACAAGCAUGUGGGUGCAUACUACAUUAAUCACGUCAAUCAAACGACGCAACUGGAAGACCCAAGACAAGAAUGGCGAGCCAUUCAAGAGGCCAUGCUUCGAGAAUAUCUCCAGACAGCACAGGACGUACUCGAGGCAAAGAAGGAAAUCUAUGAUGUGAAGCAACAGAGGCUCUGUCUAGCGCAAGAUGAGUACAAUCAUCUUAACAAUGCUCUAACAACUCUAGGUGCAUCGCGUACUAGUUUGUGCUCCAGUUCAAGUUCACUAAGCACCAAGUACGAUCCUGAUCUUCUCAAGUCCGAUGUGGCACUCGCGAGAAGUCGAGUUUCUCGACUAAAACGAGAACUGGAACAGAUCAGAGCAGAAAUGAACUGCACGCAACGAGGAGUAAACACCCUUGCAAGCGUGGAGCAAAAGCUAAGCGGACACCAUGGAGGCUGUUAUAACAUCACAGAAGCCCAGGCAAUUAUGACAGAGCUACGUAACAUACAAAAAUCGUUGAGUUCAGGAGAGAAGGAAAAAGCUGAAUUGAUGCAGUCCCUGGCACAGCUUAAGGAUGAGUUAACGAGAUUGCAGCUCUGCGAAGGUAGUCCCGAGGCUAGCACGCUCAGUUUACCCCAAGAGAAACUCAGCACGGCGUCUCAAACGGAUCUGUCAGGUGAAUUGGUACCGAUUGGCACUCGUUUAGCUGAGAUGGCGCGAAUGAGGUUACAGUACGACGAGGCAAGAAAGAGGAUACAGCACAUUCAACAGCAAUUGGCGGAUCUCGAAGAAAAAGUGACACCUGGCCAGACGGAAAGCGACAAAGAUAAGCUAUUGCUUUUCCAAGAGAAAGAACAAUUACUCCGAGAACUCAGAAGCAUUACGCCGCGUACUAGAACACAGCAAGAUAUGAAGAAGAUCCAAAGCGAGAUUCGUCGACUGGAACAAGACUUGAAUAACGCGCUUGAAUUGUCGAAUAAAACCAUCACCGACCGUGUGCGGCUUCACGAAGAGAAACAAUUGUUACUGCAGCAAUUGAGAGACGCCCUGCGUUCGAUGGCAAUGCUCGAAGGUCAAUUAAAGACACUCAGCGCGAGCACACUUUCGGUGAGCAGCAGUUCUAGUCUUGGAAGUCUCAGUACGACCAGCAGUAAAGGCUCUCUGAGUUCUGGAUUGAGUUUCACCGACAUUUACGGCGGACCGCAGUGCUUGGGUCCCGUUACUUCGCAACAAGAACGUCCAGUUGAUAUGGUGGAUCUACAUAGACGCGUCGAGAGAUUGCUCAGAGGUUCCGAACAAAAUAAUCUCGUUAGUACACCAUCGCCUGGUAGGUCUCAGCCAAGUCUGUCGCCAAGAUCCAGCCUUUCCAGCGUCAGUCCUCCUGUUUCGCCGCUCUAUGAAAACGCUCCCAUGGGACCACCGCCUGCCUACGAGCACAUAGAAAUGCAGAGGAGACAGCGUCAAAGAGCUUCAGCUUCUUCUAUCGUUCACCUGGAUGAAAACCAAUUGGAGGAUCGAUUAGCAGAGCUCAGGCUCAGUCAGCAACAAACGCCGUCGCAGGAACAGUCGUGCAGCAGCUCCCAAGACCGUCUCAAACUCGUCGGUGGCCCUCAUCCGCCCGUCGAACUGCAGUCAGGAAAUAUGUCCCAGGGGAGCGGACUUGGCAGGCCUGUAGCUAGUAUACAGCAUCAAGUUCCGUCGCAAGAGCCACCACCUCUCUCGCCUAUCAGCGAGACACCACCACCCACUGAAAUACGAUCGAGAGCUAGUAGUUCAGGCACAAACACCAGGUCCGUUUCAGCAGCUGUCUCGGACGAAAGCGUCGCGGGUGAUUCAGGAGUCUUUGAAGCCUCCAAUCGAAGAAGACUUUCAGGAGUGAUCGGAGACGUUGACUCGUUAGCGCUUGGAGAGAUGAGCUUGGAGACGGCGCAGGUCCAGAUCAAGCUUAGAUACUCCGUAAGCGACGGUCUACUUCAUGUUGGUAUCGAACGUGCACGAAACCUGGCUGCACUUUUUAUUCCUAACAACACGCAAGUGUACAUCAAAGCUGCAUUGCUUCCGAUGCAACCACCUAUUAAUCACAUGUGUUGUACAAAACCUGUCGUGGAUUUGCACAAGCCAACCUUUGGUGAAACGUUCCCCAUUGCUGUACCACUCAACAAACUGUAUACGAAGACACUGCAAGUUAACGUUUGGUGUACAGGCAGUGAGUCUGAGGAGUGCUUGGGAUCCGCCCAAGUAUCCCUUGCAGACUUUAGUCCAGAAUUGCCAAGCGUGAAGUGGUACAAUAUACUGUCCUUCCGCUUCAUGCAACCACCUGACAGCCCAAGCACGAGCACUGGCAACAGCACCACUGUCUGCAUCAGCAUAGCGAAACAAGCCAAACACGAUAAACAAGAAUCUGAUAUAUCGGUGUAUCGUAGCGGGCAAAACAUUAAGGAGGAAAGCAGCGACGAGAGUACAAUUAUCAGUUCUCAGACGUCUACCUUGACGAGAAACCAAGGCUGCGACGAGCUACAAACAGCCAUCUCGUUGAGGCUCGAGGAGUUGGCCAAUUGCUUGGGAAGUCCCGAGGAAGAGGAUGAAAAUGCUGGUAGUGAAAGCGGAAGCGACGACAGCGACGAAGAGGGAAUUAUUGUGGAAUUCAUGAUGGAAGAUAACGUUUUAGAAGAUGUAUUAGAGCACGAGGAGGAUGAAGAGUUACACGAGGAGGCCAAACAAACGCAGGAUAAGGAAACCAACACCGAAUGUAUUUUCAUCCCAGAACAGGGAAAACAAAGGAAAUUAUCAGCGGCUGGUGUCGCGCCCAAUGCUAUAUACGACGAUAGAAAUUCUAUUGUAAUCAAGAGGAGCCAAACAUUUUCACCUAGCGCUGCAGUUAGCAAAAAUCAUUAUAUUUGUCGACUCAAUCGGAGCGACAGCGACAGCAGCAUGCCACUUUAUCGCAGAGGCGGACCCUUCCAACGAAACUCAGUGGAAAGACGGUCUCUUCGAUGGCGACGUCCUUCGUCCGCGCUUAGUUGUAAAACAGCCACGAAAAAAGGCACCAAUUUACCACCCACUGCUAGAACCUCGUUGGAUCUUGAAUUAGAUCUUCAAGCGCAGCACGCUAGACUGAGCAAUCUCCAAGAUGAGCUCACUCGAUUGCGAGAACUGAAGCAAAGGUUAGAACAAGCGCGAGAGAAAGGAGACACCGAUUUUGCAACUUGGCUGCUGGAAGAUCACAAGUUCCAAAGCUUUAUGGCACAAGCCGAAAGCGGAAAGAGCGGGAAGACUGCUGAGGAUAAAAGAGUGGAAAAGAUGUUGAAGAGGACCUCGAAAGAAAUUUACAAGCUACGGAAAACGAAAGCUGGAAAGGGCAAACCUGACAUCAUUUCUUUCAAGGAGAAAAUGGCUUUCUUCACGCGUGUCAAUCUCAAUGUUCCUGUACUUCCACCCGAAGAUUCAUCGUACGAAAACGUAUCAUUGCCACCUCUGUCAUUCGUCCAACACAAGAGAUACGCCUCGGAGCCGAUUAGCAGUGAAUCCGUGGCUACUAAACUUGGUGCUCAGGGUAUGUCGAAUGUGGCCACAUGGUCGAAUAGUGUUCCCAGCGAGAGUGCAUCCUCGAUGAGAGGCUACGGUGCGGUAAACAUAAACGCGAGUGUCGUUGGAAAUUUAAGCGAAGAUAUUCUGGCCAACAGUACAAAUAAAUCCGUGAACGCGAAAGGUCGACCUGCCGUGGCGAAGCUGCAGUGCUCCGAAAACGGUCAAGUCGAGACCUUGAAAUCAACAGAGGAGAACGAUAACGAAGAACCAAGAAGGUACGAAUACGUCGUCGACAGAGUUCUCGGUGUAGAAGUAUAAUGUUCAUGUUUUAGGCUGUCUUUUUAUUUCUAUCAAGAAAAAAUCGUUUGUAUUAUUCAACGGUUAACACUUUAACUACUGUUGUAUUUAGAAAGAGUUUACAACUUGAAAGUGGACUUUAAAUUAAUAUAUAUUGAUCUAGGCUGACGUUAACUGGUGUACACUAUCGCAAAGUGUAUCGAAAGCCUCGUCUGUUUCCUUAAUUUGAGAACCGUAAGUACAGUGCAAAGUCCCUAGUUAAAGUGUUAACAUAAAGUGUUGAUCGACACCGCGCUUAGAUGAAAUUUAAAGAGUGGAAAUGAAGGAAGGGAUGUUCUAGAUGCCAUGUAUAGCGAUCGAUGAAAAUAAAAGUGAACAUUAAACGAAGUACAUUUUAACGGAAUAUGGUAGAUACGUAACUCUAGUACGUCUAGUACGUUAAAUGUUGUUAAAGAACUGCUGUCGAUAUUGUUAUUAUUACUGAAUGUCGACACGAUGCCGUGAAAAAUGUAGACAUAUUCGAGGCAAUAGCAAAAAUGCGCGAAUCAACGCGCACUGUACAUACGAGAACGUAAAUUAUUUAAAUGAAAUUUAUGCAGAAAUUAUUUAAUUGAUCAAUUCCAUCGGGUUCCUCUUGCAUCCCAGAUAAUCCUACGCAUAUCGCUUUGCUCCUUUUCACCGCGUAUCAGAGCACACACCACCGAGCAGCUGGACUGCAAUUUAAAAAACAAUGAGAAGAAAAAGAGAAAAAGGCAACGCAGAGAAAGGCUUUCGCCCUGGUUGGCUAAAUUCUGCCUUGAUUUCAUUUCAUAUUACCAUUUCACGACGUGUUCCUAUCCAGUUUCAAAUUUGUCUGUGCUUCUCAACCAAAUACUGAGAAAUACCACUCGAUGUCCUUCGGUUUGGAUAUUUCGCUUUGAUUAACGCUAGAACUGCCAAUCUAUUUAAUUACACCCACGUACCACGGACUUCCUCUUACAAUCUGUUGAUUGUAAACAAUGAUUUUGUCGUAACAUUUAUUGACAAUUUGUGAAGCGUAGAAUUAAUCGUAUCGAUUUGCUUCUCCAUUCUCUAAUAUUAAAGACAUCAUAGCACGUAUAACAAAUAUGUGGUAAUUCUAGUGUUAAUAAAGCUCACGUCAGAGUAUGUUAAUUCUGACUCAUACGUGUAUAAAUACAUACGUAUGCUCUAAUUUCUUUAUCAAUUGAAAGAAGGAUCACGUGUACUUAUAAACGAUAAAGAAAAAUACAUUGGAUAUUUUGUAUUAGUAUCGCAAUUCUUAAGGUGCAGAAAUCAUUAAAAUAAGGACCAUAUAUAUAUAUAUAUGGUUGAGUGAGUGUACCACUGAGCAAGGGGGGAGUGUGUUUGUGUAUUUUUUUUUAUCAAAAAAUGAUUGUAAAUCUAAACGAUUGAAAAUAGAUUUUAGAACAACAUUUCGUAUCCAACGGUGUGUUGCAAAAAUAAAACGAGUUCCUUCGUUGAAGCGAAAUUCACGUCAUAGCAAUACUUGUACAAGAAAGACAUACAAUCGUCUGUGCGGUAACACGUGUGUUCUUAACGAUUAACUUGAAAUUAGCGAACAAACAAGUAUCGCUAGGAUUUUCUGUAAUGCAAAUAAAAAUGUUGGAACAACGUCAUAUCGUUAAUGCCAUAGGUUGUAAGAAUGUAAUUUUCGAUGUUCCGAAUGUUAUUUUGUACGCGCAUAUCGAGGAACCUGAUAGGAAUUGGUUUUUUGGGGGAGUAGUAAGAUCUUCGAGACAGUUAUGUAAAUAAUUUUGUACAUAUGCAACGACAAUCAUGUUUACACGUUUACGUAGUAUAAAUAUAUAAAUAACAGAUAUUGGGGCUCUCACAGCCUGGUUCUUCACGGUUGAUGCUAAACGAGGCUUCAGGGUACUCUGUGUCCUUUGUCUUGCAGCUAGCUUCCUCGGAAGGUCUAACGAUAUAGUGGUAUAUCGGUGCAGACCUAACAUACCCUAACAAAUCUAACAUAGCUAAUCUAAUAAUCUCAUAGCUAAUCUGUUUGUAAAUACAAUUUAACUCUGUAUCAGCUCAUCUAUCUGUCAGGUGCUAAAAUACCUGGACACAGCGCUAUUUGUAAGAAUACCGAUUAAAAAUCAGAUGUUGCUUUGCGUUGGGGUAGAGUUGGGUCUGCACCGAUACAUCGCUAUGUCAUUUAAUCUCCAAACAAGAUACUGUCGAAGAAGAAGAUUACUGUCUUAUCCAAAGGACAUGGUGUACACCCAGAAAUCUUAAUUAAUAUCAACCAGCUAGAUACUAAUUACACACUUAUAUUUAAAUAGGUUUCCGCGUACGCACGCGUACGGAAACUAAUUAGUUCCUGAAAAUGAGAUAUUUUCAUGGCGACAAACGGGUACAACACAAGCAACGUUUUUAUACUUCUGGUGAAACGAGAACACGAAUUGAUUUUAUGUAAAGGUUACACUGUUUUUAAGCGCAGGGUCACGCUUUAACGUGGGCGAGUCCAAGAGCCCCUAAAGCUCUGGAGUUUAAGCGCCGUUCCUCUACAUUGUCCUCUUGGGAUGCACAUUAUUUACAACAGAUUUUCCCUGCGUUUUGUUUAUCGAUUACGCCACGUAGAAGGGAAGGAGCCUUUAACGAAUUACUCGCCCACGUUAACAAAUUGCGUUGGUACCAGUGUAUUGUUGUUUUACUGUGUUGAAUCAAAUGUUAUAACGACAACGUUAUCGACGAUGGGGUGGAUAAUAACGACAAUAAAACGAUGUUGGUACUACUGACGAGGAUAACGACGAUGCAACGAUGAUAAUGAUAAAAUGGCGACAAUGAGCACGAUAAAAUACGAAAUAUGAACCCAUGGUACUGAUAUUGCUAAGAAUUAUAAUAAUGGUAAUAAUAAGUUCCCAAUGACAUAUACACAUACAUGAACACGUACAUCCUCCGAAAGACAGUAUGACUUGCAAGUAAUGAUAAUGAUUAAAUAGUAACGAUUCGUAUGAUAAUGAUUAAAAGAAAAGAA